CAGGCGACGAGGCUCUGAUAACUCGCACUAUUUGCACCGCUCGUACCGUAGAAAUACGCAUUGAUAGUAGCAAAGCCGCUGCUGGCACUGGCAGAGCAAACGGCAAUUAUUGCCAGUCACCCAGAGAGCACUGCAGGCUGCAGGGGCUGCACGCACGCUGCACGCCGUGCAACGCAGCGGUCGACAACAAACAAGCAUAAAAUGGCUGCCGCCGGCCUCCCGGACCAGGCGCGCCUCGCCUUCCGGGGCCGCGCCGACGCGAGCCUAGACGAGCUCUUGCCGCGCUGCACGAUCAAGCGGCGCGCCGAAGAUUUCGUCGUCGACGAGGUCGACGAGGACGGCCAGCGGGCGUCCGAGGCCAUGACGCGGGCGCCCGAGGCGACGCUGAAGCCGGCGCUGGAAGACCUCGCCGCAAAGCUCGACAGUCGGCAGCAACAACCGGCCGCGGAGGCGAACGAGAGCGAUGGUGAGGACGCGCUCGCGACGCUAGGCGAGGCGACACUAGACGCGCUCCGGGCCUUCGACGCCGCCGCAAAGGACCAGGUCCUGCGCGACGGCGUGGGAGCCUCCCCAAUAUCCGUGGCGCUGCCGGACGGCGGCAACCGCCUGAACCUCCGCCUCGCGCUGGAAACGGGGUUCCCCUGGACGCGGGUCCGGCUCGAGAGCGGUGUCGUGGAGGCGGAUCUGCGCCUGAAGCCCCUCGCGACGAUCCUCUUCGCAGAAGACGUCGAGCGGCUCCAGCGCUUCGGGCGGACGCGCGGCAACAAGGCCACCGCAACUAUUGAGGCCCCCGCCGACAAGGACGCGCGGCGCGCCGUGCACACGACGCUGGCCGCGGCGUUCCGCGCCUGCGAGACGAAGACGCUCGACGCUGUGUGGAAGUCAACCAGUGAGUUAGGUUCUACGCCAUCGAGCAGGCGCGGUCACGGGGACGACGUCGCGUCGAUGGCGUGGGGCGCCCGAAAUUUGAUAUCCACACAGGCUCGACGGGGGCACGAUCUCGGCGCGCUGGCGCGGCGGCCGGAAGCGGCGGCGCGACGGCCCGCGCUGGCCGCUCGUCGUGCGGUGCGUCCUGGAAAAGCGCAACGCCGAGGCCUUUGCCGUCAUCCGGGCCGCCGGCCGCCGCCUCGGCCUGCCGGCGGGCGCGCUCGCGACGGCCGGCGUCAAGGACCGCCGCGCGGUGACGCGCCAGUUCCUGACCGUGGAUUUGGGCAAGUCGCGCGACGCGACGGCGUGCCGCGUCCUGGCGCGCGUCGUUGCGGACGGCGGCGGUCUCCGAGUGGACGACGCGACGCUCUGGCCGUUAUCUGUCACCGAGCGGGCGCUCAACGCCGGCCGGCUGCGGGGCAACGCCUUCCGGCUCCGCGUUGUCUCCGAUGACGCCCGAGAUCAGUCCCUGAAACGCUUCGCCGCGGCCCCGCGGUGCCUCAACGUCUUCGGCCCGCAGCGCGUCGGCCGCGACGACGCUCAGGAAGGAACGCCGCCGGCGACCUGGAAGAUCGGGCGGGCCCUGUUACAGGGCGACGCGGCGGAGGCCUUCCGCGUCGUCUGCGCGUCGGCUUUGUCCGACUUCGCCACGAACGAAAAUCUAAGGGACGUCGUCCAGGGCAUCUCAACUGAUAAUUUCGCUAGAGCUGCCGCGAAGAAGCUCUCCAACGCGCUCCCGCGCUCGUCCCCGGCGCGGGACGUGGCCCAGGCCUACGUGCGCACCGGCGACGCCGCCAAGGCAAUCAAAGCGGCGCCGCACGCCGCGCGGACGAUGUGGGCGCACGCGUACCAGGCGUUCCUGUUCAAUCAAGGCGCCGCGGCGGCGUGCGGCGCCGGCGACGUGCCGGCCGCGCUGCCUUUGAUUGGCUCGGCCGUCGACGCGCCGGACGAAUCCACGCCGGCGGGCCGCGCGAUGCGGGCCCAGCUCCGCGCGGACGGCCUCGACAGCGAGUCCUUCCGGCGCCUCGGCGUCAAGGGCGCGACGCGGGAGGCUGUUGUGACGGCCGGGGCGUUUUCCUUCGCACACGUCGAGGACGGUUUCACGUUGGACUUCGAGCUGCCGUCGGGGGCGUACGCGACGACGCUGCUGCGGGAGCUUUUCGUGGAGGUCGUGGCGGCGACGGGGGUUGAAGAGUCCUCGUAGUGUGUGUGUAAUUUGUACUAAGAGUACUG